AUGUCAGAGGUGGAUGAUGAAAUCACGAGGCUCUUCAAGGUGCGACGCACGGUGUUGCAGAUGCUGAGGGAUCGAGGUUACAGUAUGGAAGAUUCUGAUUUGAACUUGAAGAGAGAAGAGUUUGUUCAGAAGUAUUGUAUAGCUGCGAACAAAAUAAACAAGGAAGCUCUUUUCGUCCAAGCUAAUAAGGGGCCAAAUCCAGAUGACAAGAUUUACGUAUUCUACCCGGACGGCAAGGUGGGAGUCCAAGUGAUUAAAAACUUUGUGAUGAAGAUGAGAGACGAUAAAGUUCACCGAGGGAUCAUAGUUGUUCCAUUGCCCAUAACCGCUCCCGCGAAACACGGAGUAGUAGAGCUCAACAAGGUUGUAACACUUGAAGUCUUUGAGGAAGCCGAAUUGGUUACCAAUAUCACUGAGCAUAAACUAAUCAACAAGUACUAUGUACUCGACAACGAAGCCAAGAAAGAGUUACUCAAGAAGUACACAGUGCAAGACACACAGCUGCCUCGCAUCCUAGUCUCUGAUCCUGUUGCCAGAUACUAUGGACUCAAGCGAGGACAAGUUGUCAAGAUCAGACGAAGCGAUGUUACUUCUCUGGAUUAUUACACCUACCGAUAUGCAGUUUAA